AUGACUGAAACAUUCCAUGCGAAUACUGACACCAUGGGGAUCUUGUCGCUUCCUAGAGAAAUACACAUUGUAUUGGGGCAACACCUCGAUGUUAAGACUUUGGCAUAUCUAGUGCUUGUUUGUCGCGAAUUUCGGGAUACAUUUACGCCGAUUUUGUAUGCGCAAUGGUAUUCGGAAUUGAUACUUGAUGGACCGAGGAAGCCCGAUAUGCCUCCUUUACCGUCUAACAUUUCGCUGGCGAAGGAAGUGGAAGUCAGAAUUGAGGGUGAGUUUCGCGAUUGGGAUGAAGCUGAUUUUGAGGAGGAUUCGGAAGAUGAGGAAGUUCAGUCUUAUCGGGAGAAACUCAGGAAAGCCUUUGCAGAUUAUAUUUUGCGAAUUUUGAAGCUGGGCGUGGGUGUUCAGACUCUGAAACUAAUCGAUAAUGUAAAUGACGAUACUUUGUUCCAUGCCUUUACAGAAGAAAGUUUUCAAAAGGCUUUGCAGGCAUGUACAAAGCUUAAAAAGGUUCACAUGAACGGUAUUCCAGAUAGCACAAUCAUGUUGCAACAAUUCCAAGAUCUGUCAUUCCUAGAGCUUCACAAUUUCAGCAGCGAAACAACUGGAGUAGAAGAUAUUGCAAGACUGCUGUCCAGAUGUCCCCAUCUUAAGGUUCUAGUACUUGGACCUACAUACUAUGGAAGUUCGUUUGAACCGUAUCAUUUAAACACCAGAUUGAGGCGGAACAGCAAAUAUGCUCUGGAGCAUUUGUGUGAUUAUUAUCACACCAUAUGUGAAGCAAAACCUUUGCAGCUGAGCCGACUUGUCCUUCCAGCCGACUUAUCUCCUUUCAAGUCCGCAUCUGAAAGGGUCGAUAAUUAUCUAGAGAACCUGGCCAAUACAUCAUUCAUCAUUGACCUUGGAUUUUUCAAUGGUCUGAUCGCAGAGAACCCCAGCAACAGUGACGCUCAAUUUUGUGAUAUCGACUACAGGCUUCUUGAGAACGUGGGUCCCUUGCGCAGUAUUAAGGUCACCCGUCUCGACAGCGCACUCAGGGCCUGGAUGAAUGAUGAGGCAAGGAGGAUCACCGAUCUUCGAAAACUCGGAAUUACUCAGCUGUACAGCAUGUAUGACUCUCUCUUAGAAGAGUUCAACACGCUCGACCUCCCACGGUUAUCCGAGCUCUCAGUCAGAGAAGUGACGAAUGUACCAAACACUCCCAAUCUUCUAGCGCCUGUUUUAGAAAAGCCUCCAGGGUACGAUGUGCUAGCUCCAUACACAAUUCUUGAUAGGCUUCCAGGCCAUGGAAGAAGUCUCGCUAAACUCGGACUCUAUCUAGAUUUUGCUACUCAAUGGUCCCUUACAUAUUUAUGCAUAGGCCAACGUCGCAGCAGUACCGACGGUCUUCCAGGUCCCAAUCCAGACCCUGUUGUGUCGGCUCAUGACGCAUUAUGCUACAUAAAGCUAAUUUCCACGCUAUGUCCUUCACUACGGUAUGUGAAAAUCGCAUAUCGUGCAUGGAAGAUUAGUACUGGGUCACAGGCAUCUAUAGUUAAAGUGGACGAAAAUGAUGAGUUCUUUGAAGAGUGUUGGAGAUGGCGCGGUUGA